AUGAUCCGUCAAAUGUGGAUGUGGAUGAGCUUUGUGUCGUUAUGGAGAUGCAAUAAAGUAAGCAUGAUACCACGAGCUGACAAUACCAUGGCAGGGAAGGGAGACAAACAAUUCGAGGAAUGCGGUAGGAGUGAUCCACAGCAACACAUAGCAAGGAAGGAGGAGCAUUCGAGGAACUGGCGCUUCGACGCGCCACAUCCGAUUCGUACGCGGAGGCAAACGUGCAAAACAAAAUCUUCUCUGGAACUGAAUCAAGUUGCGCACGAUUUUGGCACGCAUUGCGAGCGAGACAACAUAUGUCUUCGUGAUGAAGAUUCGCCAUCUGGGCCACAGAGAGAUGGAUUCAAGGAGUUGCACGCUGCACGAGCCAAGAAAUAUUCCGCCUACCUCACGCAGCUAUCUCGCUGCUACGGGCGUCUUUGA